UGGCACACCCACCCCGCCGUCACUGUGGGAGAGUCAGUUGGGCCUUCUGGGCUUCCUGGUCCUCAGCUCCGCCUCGCCUCGAUCUGGCCGGACAGCGAAAACACUUCUCAGUUAAAGAACAAAAGCAACAACGGACGGGCCGAGGAGCACGAAGUAACGGCGACUCACAAAUCGGACUAAAAAUCUCCCGGAUCGAGAGAUUUGUGAGCCACACGGCGGGAUUUAGCCGACGACUGAACUCCUGCGAAAGGCGACAAACUUGGUCGGCUCGCAUCUUUGUAUCCAGACCGUAAUCCGUCGAGGUGCUUGAUAAAUAAGACAAGGGUCAAACCGACAGACGGACGGUAUUGUUUCCCUGCUCUUCCCCUAAACUUCGGCCAUAAAAGCGGAGUGGCUGAGGGGGAAACUCUUGGUUUCUUUUGUUCGCUUUACGCGCAAACGGACCCCGGGGAUAACGGGUUAUUUUGGCAUUUUCGGUUUCUGUUGUGGAAUCUGCCAUUGUGAAGAGACGACACUCAUCGUUUGGGGACUGAGAACUUGGGAGUAGAACAAAGCCCGGCUGGGAAGGGGUGAGAAAGUAGACUGUGAUGGAUUUCUCAUAGAUCCCCACGCACCCACCCACCCUUUGCCACCAAUUCCCCCACUCACACAAAACAAAAGUGAAAGAGCCGAAGAUGGAAACCUACAGUGAUCGUAAUGGCAGACAUGCACUACUUGUAGGCAUGAAGGGGCCUUUUGAAGGAAAAGUAACAAAGACACAAUGUGAAGAAAAACUUGAAGCUAAACGCUCCGCCAAGGAUCUGCGUCACUCUGCCAACUCAGCUGAAAGCAACGACAGUGGUGUGGCCAGUUUCACCACCAACCACAACUCUGUCGUGUGCCUUCCUCUGGUGUCGGAGGGACUAAAGCUGGUAUGGACACAGUCAGAUCAAACCCGUGAACUUGACACAAUCCCAGAGCUGGUCCAAGCCUUUAACUUGUUUCCAUACCCAUCAUCCCGCGAGGUUAACACCCUGGCCCGGGUAUGUGCCUUGCCACUGGACAAAGUUAAGGUGUGGUUUAUGGUUCAGCGGAUAAAAUACGGUAUCAGUUGGUCCUCAGAGGAGAUAGAGGAGACCCGGCGAAAGCUGGCAGUGCCUGAGCUUUGUGACGACUCUACUGAAACAAACGAGGAAGCCAAUGUUGAAAGCAAGAGUCAGAGUUCUGAGGAACCGGUAACUGAGGAGAAGGAUUCCAGUGAAGUAGAGGGUGCUAUCUCCACCCCCCAGAAGAAGAAACCAAAGUGUGAGUCACCAGAUUCCUACAAACCAGCCAAACCCAUUGUCCCAUGUUUCAGCUCCACCCUCCCACCUCCUCAGGAUUCAUACUUCUACCGCCCACCAGCAGACACGCCGGCAACGACAGCAGCCGAUGUCUCCCUUGAUCUUUCCGAGUCAUCUUCACCACAGCAUCGUCACGGCCGCUACAAGAAGUCUAAAGCUCAGCUGGCUGCCCUUCGAAAGAGCUUCCUGAGAGAGAACUGGCCAGCAGAGGCAGAGCUUAGACGCUUGCAAGAAGAAACUGGACUGAGCCGCAACGACAUUCGUAAAUGGUUCAGCGACAGCCGCUACCAGCUUCGGGUUGGCAGAGGAAGCCUUGCUGCGGCCCAGAACUACUCUCAACACACUGGAGGUAAACCUGAGCAACAAAGUCAACCUCUCCCACUUAUUACACAAAAGACAAGCCAGCUGAACGGGGUGAAGGGUCAGGAGCGAGCCCGCAGCAAUGGAAUUAGAAAUUCACAUUUCUUUCAGACAUUUUUGUCAAACAGUCUGGAAGCAUUUGGGGAAAGGGUCCUUGAGGCAGAGGGCUUUGAGGUAAUGGAGGAGCUUUCUGGUGACGGAGACAGUUUGAAAGACGAGGAACAAAGUGAAGAGCAACCUUUACAACUGACCAAGACCUGCAAGAGUGAGCCAGAAGUUCCUCAGGAGCCAUCAGAUAUUUUAAAACCCUCUCCCUGCUCCUCCCCCUCUGGCAGCCCACCACUGACCGCCUCGCCUAAUAAACCUCCUUCAAACAGCAGCACGUCGAAAAAGUCAGUCCACUCAGCCAAAGCCAGUCCUUUACAAACACCCCCACAGGCAUCAAAGUCUCCCUCAUCCACAGCCUCUGCCCUCACUCCGGCUGGGCGACCAAGAAAGACCAAGGAGCAGCUGGAUUUGUUGAAGCAGUACUUCUUACGCUGCCAGUGGCCCAAGAGUGAAGAUUACACUGAACUUGUCAAGCUUACAGGUUUACCCCGGGCGGAUGUUAUUCAGUGGUUUGGGGACACUCGGUAUGCUGUUAAAAACGGCCAGCUGCGCUGGGUGAAGGGCGUCCGCGACCAGUUCUUGGCAGAACUCGCCGCCCAGCAAAGCAGCAGUGGUUUAACUAACGGAAGUGGCUCUGGGACUGGGGGAAGCCGCAAAAGAAAAUCUCAAGCACAUGCAACAAGUGCAGAUUCCCCAGAUAUCCAGCCAUUGGUAGCAUAUUACCUUUCAAUGGGCACACUGCACGAAAAAGACCUUGACACUCUAUGCAAGAAAUCAAAAAUGAGCUACCAGAAAGUGCGAGAUUGGUUUGCAGCCCAGGAUGACGGGGGCACGGGGAAAAAACCCAUUGUUGCGGAUUAGGACACUGGAAUCAGACUUAAGAACAUUUCUGAAAGUUGGUGGAUUGCUUCUGGCAUCCUUUGCAACAACAAGCAUAGUUAUUACUUUGGUUUAAAUUGCUUUAAUUUGGCAGGUUUGUAACAUUCAGUCUUCCCAGUACAAGCCCAAGGUGAGGUUUGUGUUUUAAUAUAUGCUGCAUUUCCUGCUUAUCCUAAUAUAUUUUGGACUUGAAUUAUAAUUGUGCUGCCUGUGUUGCUGUAAAUAGGACAGUAACUUCUACACUGGUCUGCUAUAUAUUUUUUGAGCUUAUUUUUGUUUUAGAUAUCACUACUACAGAUUUUUUUAGUAUGCUAUUGCGGCAGUCUAAUUUAAACUGGUUGUACUUUUGGUACCCAACUAAUGCAGAUGAGUAACUGCUCCAGAAAAAUGUCUAUGUUGAUGAAUAUUUUGACUGAUCACCGUGUGUUAUCAUUCCUUUACAGCCAAUAAUUCCUUGUCAUGAAAAGCACACUGGGCAUGUACACUUUAAGAUGACAUCUUGCACUUUGGUUUUAGAGCCUGCUGCCAUAUUCAUUAAACCCAAUUAUUUCACAAAAAAUAUUUGUUCCUAACUAAACCGCCAUUCUUCUCCCUUAACACUGAAGCAUAUUAUCAUGCCUUUUGAAAACAGCAUGGUACAUCUAAUUCUACUAAUGUCUACAGCAUAUUUCUGAGACACAUUCCCUUAUUCUCCUUGAGAUGCUCUGCUGUAAUACUUAAUUUACUCUUUGUAUACUUUGUCAUUUCGCAUUUAACUGCACUCUUUUAACAGUAAAGGAUAACUACUAAAAUGCAGCAAUCACAUCAACAUCAUACAGGUCAGAAUUAGCAACUGUUAUUCUGAUUUGCACUCAUUAUUUUAGUCAGUAUUUUUAUAUCUAUUUUUUUUUUGUCUUAAUAGCUGUAGGGUGUGACUUGUUGGUUUAUAAUCUAGACAACUAGAUAAAAUAACUGAUGGGGGGUCCACGUACUGUAUAAGUAGCAAAAGGUUUGAAUCCAAAGACAAAAUCACAUUUCCGUUGACUCAGAUUUUAAAUUAUAGCACAAACAUUGUACUUUUUCAGGUUAUAAUUUCAGAAAAACUCCACACUCUAAAGUACUUCUUAGUAGACCUACAGGGGAUGAAGUAGGCUUUAAAUCAAGUCAGUUUAGUUCAUUAGAACUUGUUAGAUGACCAGAAUAUUGAUAAAGCAGUGUCCAUCACUGUGUUUUGUCAUUCUAUUAGUAUUGAAAAGUCAAUGCAAGUGUCAUGCUGUGGGGGAAAUGUCCAUAACGUUUAGUGUCUUCUUUUGCAGAUGUUUUCAAUGUAUUUUGUCUGAUUCGAAACAUUUCUCAUUUGCACAAUUGUGUCACUGGAAACCAGUAAAGGAUUUACCUUUCUAA